ACCCAUAGAACUGUUCGCUGAUGGCACCAUGCUGCCCAUCCUCAGAAAUAUGAUCAUCCAACUUGCAAGUCUGGUGGAAAGUAUUCUUGCUAAGCGCAAGUAUCCCCGAGGUACCGUUGCAAAGGAAGAAUUCUCAAUGAAAGAGCUCUACAUCAAGCUGCUUCCUGAUAAGACACCUAAGCUGCAGGUGUUGAUACUUAAGGUUGAAAACAGGAUUCCAGCUCAGGUGGUGAAGACUUGGACAACUGUAAGGGAGAUUGCUACAGAGUGCUUUGAACGCCAUAAUGUCAAUCCAAACCAGGGAAGUAGAGACUUCAUCUCUUGUAUUGGGAUUCUGACAAAAAAUGUCCAAGCUCUUUUGGAGGGCCACCCGGACCAGUGGGACAAUACGAAGAAAGGUGGGUUUCUCAUGGAAUCCUACGCGUACUCCCAGCAAGUGUCUGGUAGGAUCAACAAGUCUGAAUUGAGGUGGCCUGUGGAAGAUGAUGGAAGAACUCCGUGGUUGCUGUCGCAGUUAAUUCUUCGGGGUCGAGAGAAGAAGGUGAUGUAUGACAAGGACUUUCCGAAUGACUGUGUGAAACUAUGCAGGCACAGCUACAAGCACUUCAAAAAAUUGCCAAACAAUAUUAAGGCUAGUCUUGGAGGGAGUACAGAUGGACUGAUACAUCAGAUUGAAGUUUGGUCGCCUCGUAUCUGGCACAUCUUAUAUGUGGCACUUCACAAGCCCGGGUCAGGAUAGGUUGACAUGUGUAUUUGUGCUUGUUGGGCUGUCCAAGUCCAUGUACUACUCUAGUGAUUUAGACGCUAGCUCUUAUAUUUCUUUCCAGAGGGAGUACUUCAGUGACAUGGCAUGAUCGCGGCAUACCAUGAUCGCGGUAAUUAAGCCUCAAGUAUGUAUAUUGUGCUGUAUUCAGAGGUGCAGCGUUGUGGAUACAAGGUUUAA